GAAGUCCGUAAAGUAAGUGAGAGUAUCAAGUAUAACCACCCUUUGAGAAAAUGUGUUGAUACAAUACUGAAAAAGUGUCCUACUGAGUACCAGGAAAGAAUGGGUAGGAACAUGGAUGAUUAUGAAGAUUUUGAUGAAAGACAGAACAGUUAUCCAAGUGAAAAAAGUUUGGUCAAACUUCACAAGCAGGUAAUCUAUGCAGUACAGAGACAUCGUCGUACACAGGUCCAGUGGCAAAUUCUUCUAGAACAAGCAUUUUACCUAGAAGAUGUGGCAAAAAAUGAAACCAGUGCAACUCGACAGUUUGUUCAUACCUUUCAUUCCCAGGAACCAGAGAAUAAAAUUAUUCAGUAUUUCUACACACCAACUGUUGAAUGGUACUGGGAAUGUCUUCUACGACCAUGGUUUUACAGGGUGCUUGCAGUUGUUCUUGCCACGUUCUCUGUAAUUGUUGUGUGGUCAGAGUGCACAUUUUUCAGCACAAAACCAGUUUUAUCGCUAUUUGCGGUUUUCAUACAGCUGGCAGAAAAGACAUAUAAUUAUAUAUACAUUGAGAUGGCCUGUUUUCUUACCAUCUUUUUCCUAAGUAUCUGUGUUUACUCUACUGUCUUCAGGAUCCGUGUAUUUAACUAUUAUUACUUAGCUUCACAUCAUCAGACCGAUGCGUACAGUCUCCUUUUCAGUGGCAUGUUAUUUUGCCGUCUUACUCCACCGUUAUGCUUGAACUUUUUGGGCUUGACCCAUAUGGAUGCAACAAUCUCUCACAAAAACACUCAGCCAACUGCUUAUACAUCUAUAAUGGGAUCCAUGAAAGUGCUGUCCUUCAUUGCAGAUGGUUUCUAUAUAUAUUACCCAAUGCUUGUUGUCAUUCUCUGUAUUGCCACAUACUUCAG